AAGGACAGACUGCGCCGGACCACUUCCACCUCUGCCGCGCUGCCUCUAUGCCGUCACCGUGAGGCUUCGAAACCCGAACGUGGUCGAGCAUCGUCGAGGAACGACGGAAACGUACGAGCGCGUUAGCUCGAACGGCAAAGCGAGCGCUACGAAGAGCAGUGCGGUGUCGACCCUUGCUGCCGCGGUUGCAGAUUCCGCGGUGUGUGUGUGUGCGCGUGUUUACACGACGAGAGAGAGAGAGAUAGAGAGAUAGAAGGAGAGUUUGCGCCGCGGAGGGCAGGAGGGCAUAGAGCUCGAAAGAGAAACGACGAGAGAAGGUGGUGAACUCCCAGGAACGCGAGUGCUCCGAGCACGUCUCUCUCGAGGAGAGAGAAUCAUCGCGCAACGCUUUACGUCCGCCUCGCUCGUGACGUGUAUCGCAUCACGAGGCACCGCCGCCGCGAGGUAGAGAGUCGAACGAGGAAGAGGAAGAAGAAGGGAGCCUACGAGAGUUCGCCGAGGCCGACGGAGAAGACGUGCGCGUCUCGCACGACCGGCGCGUUGCACGAGAGAGCGUACACGCCGCGAUAUUGCGCGGCUGCCCUUAUAACGGGGCGUGGGUGCACCACCACACCACACCGCACCGCACCGCACCGCAUCGCAUCGGCGUCGACGGUGGUGCGGCGAGACGGCGGGCGGUGCGCGUAAUUCAAAAGGUGCGCGCGGCGGUCGCGGCGAGAACAUGACAGACGACGCGGAGUGCGCGAGUUCGAGGCGGCACCGCGUUGCGGGCGAAGGGACGAUGGUAUAAACGAGAGGGCAGAAAGAAAAAAAACCGAGAGAGAGAGAGAGAGAGAGAGAGAUACUCCUACUCCGAGGCAAAAAAAAGAAAGUUCGUAUAUCCGCGCGGCCAGUGAUCCCGUGUGUGGCUCGCGUGUUGCGAGAACGCGUCCAGCGGUGAGUGUGUGUGAGUGUAAGAGGGCCAGGUCGCGCGCGCGAGUGGACUCCGAGUGAGGAGGGAAGAGGGAAACCAGAGAGACUUUCGCGGCUUCCGGCCUGACGGCGCGGAAGCGGUCCGGUUGGCGAGCGCGGUCUCACGAAGAAAGGAUGCUGAUGACGUCGCCGACGGUCCGUCCAGCCAGGACAACGAUGACGACCUCGCGGGGUCUCGACUGAGUCCUGCCAGGUGCGCCGCCAGUCGCGACCUGCAUCGUCGCGACGGUGGCAUCGACGUCGAGGAGAGGACAGGUCUCUUUUGCGACACAAGGACGCGCGGAUAGAAAGUCCGUCGGGCUCGAGUGAAGGCCUUACAGCGACGGUGCUAUAUACUUGUCCGUUGACGAAACACCACGAGCGAGAGCGUGUCCGAACGGAGCCGAUGACUAUACUCCGAUUAUUCCGUCGUUGAACACUGGAUAUAUUCGCGUAUCCUACGACUAUUCGCGAUUGCUAUAAGCAAUCGUCUGCGGAAGACACCCAAGGAUAUCAUUUGCCGGGGAGGCUGUGGUGUAAUCGAGAGAGAGAGAGGAUCAUUUCGCAAUCAUCGUAAUCGACGAGAGGACUUUUACUCGGAACCCAUCCGCAGUUCUAUAAUCAUCGCCUUCUACCGAAACCCGGUAUCGAUCCCGGACAACGUGGAACGUGGGGCGACGUUUCGCAAAGAGCUUUUAUCCCGAGGGAGCGCGUUUUCGCGUUCCUCGAAGGAUUACCCUCGUUCGAAUCGUCGGCGAGAGCCAGAGGGCGAGGCGUAGCUUUUCCUAAAAAAAAAAAGGGAAAAAACGCGCAACCGGGAUGCAGGUGGCAACGCUGUUCAGGGAGAGCGCUACCCUGCUGGGUGCCUCCAGCCUGGACCCCCCGCAGACUCACCAUCAUCAGGGUAUUCUGCAGCCGCAACAGCAGCAACAGCAGCAGCACCAGCAGAUGCAGCAGCAACACGUCACCGACAUGCACCUAGUCGGCCACCACAUGCAGCAGCACCACUACAAGAUGUCAUAUCCAUCACCGGUGCAGAACGGAGGACCAAAUGGCGCGACGACGAUGACUUGCGCGACUUCUCAAGGGGUGAUGGUGAAGCAGGAGGCGAGGGACGACGGUUACGAGACGAGUCCGGACCUCGAGAUGAGGAGCACCGGCGGUGACAGCAGUCAGCAGUAUCACACGCCGCUGACACCACACACGCCGCACACACCGCACACGCCGCACACGCCCCUCACGCCGAUAUCGGCGACAGCGCAUCAACCCCAGCAGCCGGGCUCGACCGCCUCCGCCCUCGGACAGGUCGCGAUAAAAUGCGAGACGCCGGUGGACCCGUACUCGUUCGUGGACGAGGAGAUGUCGAUGGGCGGCAUGAGGACGGCGAGCAGUCCAGGCGGCGGCGGCGGCGGCGGCGGCAAUCCCGAGAACAUGACGUGUCCGGGCGGUGCCCAACCUGGGCUGGGUACACCCACGUCGACGCCGCCCGGGGCGCUGCCCGGGCCACAACAUCAUCAGAUGAAUCUCGUGAUGAACGGCGCCGCCGGCGUCAAUCCCCAGCUGGCGCAUCAGCCGAAGAAGCGAGGCCGCAAAAAAAAGUCGGAGAUGAUACUCACCCCCGAGGAAGCGGAGCUUGCGGAGGCCAAGAAACGCGCAAAGACAUACAAAGAGAGGAAGAAGCACGACAGGUUCGACGGUAUGCCGGAAGAGGAAGUGAGCAAGCGCGUUCUACCGGAUCAUCUCACCAACAACCUUGACAUUAUUAUAAUUGGUAUCAACCCCGGAUUAUUCGCGGCAUAUAAGGGACAUCACUACGCUGGACCUGGCAAUCAUUUCUGGAAAUGUUUGCAUCUGAGUGGUCUCACGCCCGAACCAUUGACAGCGGACGACGAUUACAAGCUUUUGCGCCUCGGAAUCGGUUUUACAAAUAUGGUAGCACGUGCGACGAAAGGCAGUGCAGAUCUCACAAGAAAGGAAAUUAAAGAAGGUAGUCACAUUCUGCUCGAGAAAUUACGAAAGUAUAAGCCAAAAAUUGCCGUGUUCAACGGCAAACUCAUAUACGAGGUGUUUUCGGGAAAGAAGGAGUUUGGAUUCGGAAGACAGCCUAAUCUCGUCGACGGCACAAACACGUACAUGUGGGUGAUGCCUUCGAGCAGUGCGAGGUGUGCCCAGUUACCACGGGCUGCCGACAAGGUGCCAUAUUACGCGGCCCUGAAGAAGUUCCGCGACUAUUUGAACGGCACGAUUCCGCAUCUGGACGAGUCGGACAUCGUGUUCGCCGAUUCGAAACUCAAGAAGAAGGACCACGAGGCGAUCGAGGACAAGAAGCCGCUGUUCGUCGACGAUUUGCCGGACGGCGAGACUCGAAUCACGGAAAUCAACGGCGCGUUGGUGAAACAAGAGUCGGGUCUGAUACCCGGCAAGAAGAAGCGCGGCAGACCGAAGAAGAUCAAGAAUCCGGAAGAUCAGCCGCCGCCGGAUCCCGAAAAGCUGGACGCGAACGGGGAGGUCAUCAAGAAGCGUCGCGGACGCCCGAAGAAGAUACACCAGCAGCAGAAACUGCUGGAGCGGGAAAGUCGCGAGAGGGAGCAACAACAGCAUCAGCAACAGCAACAUCAAGCGAUGGGCCACCUGAACGACGGUUACGGGAACGCCGUGACGAAUUGCUUCUCACCCCCGUUGAUGUCACCCCCGAAAGCGUUUCCGCACAUGGCGCCGUAUCCGCAACCGCCGAUGAACGACGGCUUCUACGGUCAGAGCAUGAACGACAAUAGUCCGUACAACAUGAGCGCGAAGCAGAGCCCGGUGCACAUGCAUUACAGUCAGAGUCACAGUCCCAAAUCCAUGUCUCUGUCGUUUACGCAUUCUGAUCUGUCGUCGGAGAUCAACACGGGGAUAUCGUCGGAGAACAAUCUCGAGCCGUCGCCACUUACGUCGCCCAGCGUCGAACAUCCGGACUUCGAGCCGCCCACAAGCAUGUCGCAGCAGAACAUGGGUAACGAUCAUCGCCAGUACAAUCCGGCCGGUGGCCCCGAUCCGAGCCAUCAUGGCAGUCCCGGCACGCCGUCUCACACCUAUGCCAAUUACAUGAGCUAUCACGAGCAGACGCCGGAGGCGCACAACCCGCAUCCGCAUCAGACGACGCCGACGCCCCUCAGCCAGACCGCCGAGGAUCACUCUCAUCAUUCGCAUCCGACGCCGCCGCAUCCGCACACUCCCACUCAUACGUCCAUGUCGCCGCACCAUCCGCACGAGCAGUACGGCAUCAAGAGGAACUCCGGCCAGGACGUGGCGUCCAAGAGUUUGAGCGAUCUGGAAUCCCUGGUCGAUCAGAUCCCGAGCAUAGCCGACGGCGGUAGCCAGCGCCUUCAGCACUCGCAUCCGGGAAUACCGGGCGACGACGCUCUGGCGGAGAAGAUGGACGCCCACCAUCAGUCCUACAUGUCCGGUUUCGGCGGCAUGCCGACCGGACCGAGCGGGAUGACCAAUUACAGCCCGCCUCUGCCACCGGGUGGCGGAAUCUAUCCAAGCUCGCUGCAUCACUCGCCCAACGACGGCGGUUACGGGAGUCUGUACGGCAUGAACGGUCGUCAUCAUCAGGAAUCUCAACAACAACAGCAGCAACAACAGCAGCAGCAGCAACAACAUCAACAGCAACAACAACAGCACAGCAAAUCUUACACGGUGGAGAAUCUGGCGUCCAGCAAUUACACCCCCAGCAUGAACCAUCCCGGUAACUCGUAUCCGAACAUCAUCCCCGGACCGCACUACCCGGUACCGAUGGGCUCGACCAACGGCUACCUGUUCGGUGGUCUAGAGCCCAGCCUGAUGCAACGUACCUACGGAAUCGGCGGAAUGAGCGGGAUGGGAAGCAUGCACCCGUCCGCCGCUCUCGGCCACCCUAUGGCGGCGAAUCCGUACCCGUACAACGGCUCGUACUCGAGUUCCUUCGACGCUUACCCGGCACCAUCGGCGACGAUACACGCGCCCAGCGCCAAUUAUCCCGGCUACGUAAGCGCGGCUGGAGCGGCGCCCACCACCACCACGCCGCCGUCCUACCUCGCACCGUCGCAUCACAGACCGCCGGUCGACCUCUCCUACGACGGUGUAUGAUAAUCGAUGUGAAGUACCAUCUCGUUCACCAUCCACCGACCAUCAUCAACCUUCAACGGCCCCCCGCUCGGUCCCCGCCCCGCCUGCCGAUCGCCUCCUGUUGCGAUACCGCGCCGCGUUUAUCUUUUCUACGUAUUUUUACACGUGUCUCUUAAGGCUCUUAACGUCGGGGGCUCUUCGCGUCGCCGCGCGCGUCGUCACCCCGAACACGUCGUCUACUACCCCAUCCUCGAAUCGCAAACUCUCUCCUAUGCGACCAUCCGCUACUCGCUAUCAAUUUGCGCGUGUACUCCCCGUUUAUCGAUCUGGUCUAUCUAUCUUGCGAUUUUCUCUUUCUCUCUCUCUCUCUCUCUCUGUCUGUCUCUCUUUUGCUCUCUAUCCGGCUCUACAUACAAGAUAAUCCUAUAAUGGGCGCAAAUGAGAGAACACAUAUAGACAUUAACAAUAUUUGAAAGAUCUUUCUUCAUCUGAAACAUCGAGAUUCUAAUGUCAAUGAUGAAAUUUUCAUUAAUAUACAUUAGAGUAGAGAUAAAGUUUAUUUUGUUAUUGAAAUUUAGUUCCUAAAAAUGACGAAGAUAUGUUUAAAAUUUAAAAAAAAAAAAAAUGUGACGAUCUCCUCCGACGAGAAAAAUAAUGCUAUAUAUAAUAUAUUCAUCUUGCGUCAAAAAUCUUUCAAGAAAUCCAGUGUAGUUAUUAUAGUAUAGCUACAUACAUAUACAUAUGUGUAUCGGUUUUCCGUUUUCUCCAUAUCUCUUUCAUUCCUUCUCUACCUCUUUGCUUUUACUUUCGUCUCUCUCACUUCUCUGUUUUUUUUUUUUUUUUAUCUCGCUUUCGAUAUGCGAUUACGCUGUGAGUAAUUACGGGCGCGCGGCUCGGGAAUGGGAAAUUGCUCGUGAAACGCGACUAUGGCGCACGCAACGAACAUAAGCCUCUGCUAGAUUAGGUUCGCUGAUCGCGUUUUAUAUACCGAUCCGACCGUUAAAACACAUACACGCGGACACGCACAUCGAUAACCGUGACGAUAAAUGGCGACCUUAUUAACGCUGAGCAAAUCGCUAUUACAAAUUCGGUCGACGUAGCCGAGGUCAGCCGGACGUGUAAUUGCGCUUUUCCCGCCCCAACGAUAUCAAUUGAUCGUCAGCUGAUCGUCGUCGAUCGUAAGAAAAAAAACCUUAUCAUUGAAAUCGUAUUUCCGCAUUUUCAUAUUUUGUGACAUGAAUAAUCCCCGAUUGUAAACGACAUCGAGAGCUGCAAACAAUCGCACGGAUAUAUAUCGUGCAUUCUGAAUCAAUUCUGUAAUCAAUCGCAUCUGUAAUCAAUUUACCGUCUUCGAAAGUCGAUAGGAUACAGCGAAUUAGUUUUACGCAUCGCGGUGCGAAUAGAAUAAAGCGCAAAUUUAUCCGAAAAUUUAUCAGGUAUUGAAACGGAUGUAAUUUUGAUGGAUUUAGAGUUCGAUGCCACAGAUUGUUUGUGCAAAAUAAUUUAUAUAUUGUUUAUUCAUUAAUCGAUGAUAAAUUUGUUUGUAAUUUUUUUUAUGUAACGUUAUUGUGAUAAUGAACUUGCGAUUUAUAUCAUUAUCAAGACACAUUGUUCCGCAUUUGUCGCAUCGAGAGACCCAUCGAAAUUAUAUCAGUUUUAUUAUAGGAAGAAUCACGCUGUAAUUAUACAGUGGAAAUGACCGGCACCGUUUACUUACAUAUGUAUUUGUGUACCGCACCGCGAUUUAUAUUACUGUUGGCUUGUUAUAUUGUUACUAUAUUACGUGUUUCAUUAAUUGAUUAACGCGCGUCUAGCGAUUUAGAUUGUGACGCGUUUCCAUGUCGUCGAAAUAGCUGUCUUGAUGUUCUUGUCGAGAAAUUUACUCUAUUUUACAUGACGACGUAUAAUAUUAUUUCUUAGAAGCAAUAUUCGUACGACUUUUCAGCUACUCUCAACGCUCGGAAGAUUUUUUAUGAGAAAAUUAAAACAAAAUUUAUCGAUAUCAGUUUUAUUAUGACACAACCGAACAAAUUCUUCGUAAAUUUGAAAACUUUUAGCUUCAUUAGCAGUCUGAUUCACAUAAUUAGGUACUACACCGCAUAUAAUAUCGAUGGAUCUAUUCUAUCCGAUAUGAUUCAGUUUGUUUAUAUUUCAUAUAAAAUGAAAUAAAAGAAUAAAAAAGUAAAUAUAUA